ACAAGAUUUGAUCCGCCAGAAAAGGGCUGUUCCUGUGGAUACCAUGAGUACUUGCCAAGGUGCUACAAUGAACACGGUUCCAUGUAAUGAACCUAAUACUCUUCAUAUACUGAAAGCAUACUACGGAGAAAUUGACUGUAACUCUAAUGCAAUGAUACCAAUUGAGACUAUGACAGCAUGUGGAGAAUUUGUGACUGUCACCGUGUCAGAUAUUUGCAAUAAUCUCACAUCAUGCUCUCUCACUGUAUCAGAUACCGUGUUAGAUAGCAACACAAUGUGUAAUCCUAAAAAUCUAUAUCUUGAAUACGAUUGUGUGCCUCCAUUGCUGAUUAUUGAAGGACUUCCUGGACCUGAAGGUCUCCCUGGUCCAAUAGGAAUGAAGGGCAUGACAGGCGUAGGUGACAAAGGAAAUACGGGACAAGACGGAAUGAAGGGACUGAAGGGAAUUACUGGUCCCAAAGGUGAGACAAAUAUGAUCAUCGGCGGGACAGGUGAACAAGGAAGACGGGGGGAGAGAGGAGAUAGAUCACCUUUUAGAGGACCAAAAGGAUUGAAAGGAGGAAAAGGGUUGAGUGGUAUGAAAGGUCACAAAGGCAACAACGGUAUAAAAGGCAACAAAGGAGCUAAAGGACUAACAGGAAACAAAGGAUCGAAAGGAUAUAAAGGUCUUAAAGGCAAUAAGGGAUACAACGGUCAAAAAGGACAAAAAGGAUACAAAGGAAUAAUAGGUGUAAAAGGUGUAAAGGGACAAAAAGGUUACAAAGGAAAGAAAGGUUUUAAAGGAAUAAAAGGGGACAAAGGAGUCAAAGGAAUUGUGGGGAACAAAGGAAGUAAAGGUAUAAAGGGAUACAAAGGAGAAAAUGGACAAAAAGGAAAUAAAGGCUUUAAAGGAAUAAAGGGAUAUAAAGGACAAAAGGGAAUAAAGGGAUAUAAAGGGAAUAAAGGUCAGAAAGGAUUUAAAGGACUUAAAGGACAAAAAGGAUUUAAGGGAAACAAAGGCAUGAAAGGUUAUAAGGGGUACAAAGGACGUUCAGGAUAUAAGGGAAACAAGGGUGAUAAAGGUAUGAAGGGAUAUAAAGGACAUAAAGGAUAUAAAGGAAACAAAGGAGUGAAAGGUAACAAAGGAUUAAAUGGUCAAAAAGGUUCUAAAGGAUCAAAGGGAAUGAAGGGAUUAAAGGGAUACAAGGGACAGAUAGGAACUAAAGGAUACAAAGGACAAAAAGGACUUAAGGGCUACAGAGGCCAAAAAGGAUACAAAGGACUUAAAGGACAGAAAGGUCAUAAGGGACAUAAAGGAAUGAAAGGAAUCAAGGGUUACAAGGGGCAGAAGGGUAAUAAAGGGUACAAGGGAUCGAAAGGGUAUAAAGGAUUUAUAGGACAGAAAGGACAGAAAGGGGGCAAGGGCUCCAAAGGACAAAAAGGAUUAAAGGGAUAUAAAGGUAUAAAAGGUUACAAAGGUCACAAAGGAAUGAAAGGAUAUAAAGGAUUUAAAGGACAGAAAGGUAUUAAGGGAUACACAGGACAAAAAGGAUUAAAAGGAUAUAAGGGACAGAAAGGAUUUAAAGGUUACAAAGGUAUGAAAGGAAUUAAGGGAAAUAAAGGACAUAAAGGACAUAAAGGAUACAAAGGACAAAAGGGAUAUAAAGGAUUUAAAGGACAGAAAGGAAACAAAGGAUUUAAAGGUCUGAAAGGGAAUAAGGGAUACAAGGGAACUAAAGGAUAUAACGGAGAAAAGGGACAGAAAGGGUUUAAAGGGAACAAAGGUUCUAAAGGAUUUAAAGGAUAUAAAGGACAUAAAGGUGGCAAUGGAAAUAAAGGUCAUAAAGGGUAUAAGGGUGAAAAAGGAACAAAGGGGGAUAAAGGUUAUAAAGGUAAAAAAGGAAACAAAGGCAUCAAGGGACAGAAGGGUUAUAAAGGACAAAAGGGAUACAAAGGAAUUAAAGGUUUACAGGGGCGUAAAGGAGAAAAAGGAGGUAAAGGUUACAAAGGUAUGAAGGGACUCAAAGGAUACAAAGGUCAAAAAGGCCUACAGGGACAGAAAGGACAGAAAGGGUUCAAAGGUUACAAAGGCCAGAAAGGGAAUAAAGGAAAUAAAGGUAAAAAAGGUUAUCAUGGAUUAAAGGGAAUAAAAGGAAAUAAAGGAUAUAAAGGACAGAAAGGAAUCAAAGGUAGCAAGGGACAAAAAGGAUACAAGGGUCAGAAAGGAACAAAAGGAUACAAAGGAAAUAAAGGACAUAAAGGAUAUAAAGGACAAAAAGGACAAAAGGGAUACAAGGGAAGUAUAGGACAGAAAGGAUACAAAGGAUUCAUAGGACAAAAAGGGAACAAAGGGAACAAAGGACAAAAAGGAUUUAAAGGUAUUAAAGGAAUAAAAGGAUACAAAGGAAACAAAGGACAACAAGGCCAGAAAGGAUAUAACGGAUUUAAGGGUCAAAAGGGCCAAAAAGGUUUCAAAGGACAAAAAGGUUACAAAGGUUUAGAAGGAUCGAAAGGACACAAAGGUUACAAAGGACAGAAAGGUUAUAAAGGACAAAAGGGAGAAAAGGGAUACAAAGGAAUUAAGGGUAUGAAAGGUGAUAAAGGAUAUAAAGGGACAGAGGGGCACAAAGGGCAAAAAGGGCCAAAGGGAAAUAAAGGAUACAAAGGUCAGAAAGGAAAUAAAGGAGGUAAAGGUAUAAAUGGAUACAAAGGUAGUAAGGGUAAAAAGGGCUUAAAAGGAAGCAAGGGAAUGAAAGCAUUCAAGGGACACAAAGGAAGUAAAGGAUUAAGAGGAUUGAAAGGACAAAAGGGUAUGAAAGGAAGUAAGGGACUGAAAGGCAUUAAAGGAUACAAAGGAGUGAAAGGAGUGAAAGGUGCAAAGGGAUUGAAGGGAUACAAAGGAAAUAAUGGACAAAAGGGAUAUAAAGGAACCAAGGGAAUGAAAGGAUACAAAGGAGUGAAAGGAGACAAGGGACAUAAAGGUUAUAGAGGUCUAAAAGGACAGAAAGGAUACAAAGGAUAUAAAGGACAAAAAGGUCAAAAAGGUUACAAAGGAUACAAAGGAAUUAAAGGACAGAAAGGAAAUAAAGGAUACAAAGGACAAAAGGGAAUGAAAGGUUAUAAAGGAAUAAAAGGAUACAAAGGUUAUAAGGGACAUAAAGGAAAUAAAGGACAAAAGGGAUACAAAGGUACUAAAGGACAAAAAGGUUACAAAGGACAGAUUGGUUAUAAAGGAUUAAAAGGUGAUAAGGGACAACGAGGGCAACGAGGAUCAAAAGGAAAUAAGGGCUUUAAAGGAGAGAAAGGUGAUAAAGGAACAGAGAAAGGAAUAAAGGGAAAAGUAGGACGAAGAGGAAAAAGAGGUCCAGAUGGAGAGGUUAGAAUUUUAAAUAAUUGUAACAUUAAAUCGACCUUUCAUUGUUGUGGCAAUUUUGCAUAA